GCGAAGCGAGAAGAGGAGAGAAGAAGAUGCAGCAGGCGCAGGCGUCGCCGGUGGUGGCCGCUCCGGCGGCGGCGGCGGCGGCGGCGGGGAGCCAACCGCACGUGGGGGUGGCGGGCGACGCGCCGCCGAAGCAGGUAGCGCAGGCGAUGGAGCGGCUGGGGCGGGCCGGGCGGCUCAUCGCGGACAUCCGGCUCGGCGCGGACCGGCUGCUCGAGGCGCUCUUCGUCGCCGGCGACGCGCCCCCGCACAGCGCCCCGCAGCACGUGGAGAAGACCGCCCUCGCCGUCGCCCAGGAGGAGGCCGCCAUGCACCGCCACUUCGACGACCUCCGCGCGCUCGGGAGGCAGUUGGAAGAGUCUGGAGUUCUAAAUGGAGCCCUUAAAGCUAGAGGCAAUUCAUGGGGCUUGCAUAUGCCACUUGUUUGUCCAGAUGGUGCUGUUGUAGCAUAUGCUUGGAAGCGUCAACUGGCAGGUCAAGCUGGUGCAUCAGCUGUUGACAGAACUAGGUUAGCUCUCAAGGCCUUCACUGACCAGAAAAGAAGGUUCUUUCCUCAUCUAGAUGAUGAAGGGCUUAGCCAUCUACAUGAUGGUGAAGCUGGUAUUGCUAAGAAGCCAAGGCUGCCUGCAAGCAAUGGGGAGCUAGAAGAAAAAACUUUAUCCGAGGUACUAAAGAAUCUAGAAAAUGAAGUUCCCAACAUGAAAAUAUUCACAUACCGGCGUUUGGAUUGGUCAAAAAGAGCUGCAUCAUUAGCAUCUCUCAUGAAUGAUGACUUUGUGGAUCCAACUAAGGAACUGAACCUGCAAAACAUGAGCAAAUCAGGAUCUGGUCAUGAUACUGCAAUAGAUCAGGUUGCAAUAAUCGAGCUGCUAGUUCCUUCUAUAUUUAGAGCUAUAGUGUCACUGCAUCCUGCAGGAUCUACGGAUCCUGAUGCUGUGGCUUUCUUCUCUCCUACUGAGGGAGGAAGUUACCUGCAUGCAAGAGGACUGUCAGUGCAUCAUGUUUUCAAGCAUGUAACGGAGCAUGCUGAUAAAGCAUUGCAAUACUUUGUCAGUGUUGAACCCAGUAAAGCAUUGUCUCUAUUGCUGCACUGGAUUGCCAGUUAUCAGACUCUAUUUACAAAAGUUUGCAGUAAAUGCCAGCGGCUUCUGCUGAUGGACAAGUCCUUGGCUUUGCUUUUACCCCCAGUCCAGCGCCCAUACCACCAGCCUUCUGGUGUUGGUUCUGAUCCUCAGGAUGCCUAUCACAUUGGGUGUUCUUCCUAUGAUGCCUGACUUCCAAUGCAUUUUAGCUAGGAUGUUUCUGAGGAUAUCACCUGACAAACAUGUAGGACGACCUAAUAUGUAAGGGCACAAGUGCUCUUGUCUUCCUUGGCGUUCCUGGAGUACAUAGGAAGGGCGUGGCAGUGGCUGUGGCUUCAUCUUUAGUAGUGGGCAUUUCAGGAACAGAUGUAAAACUUUGGACACAUGUUUUGAGUUUUGUGCAUUUCGAUU